AUGACGCUCUUCUCUCUGCAUCCCUGUGACAGUUUCCUGGUGCUCCUGGCUCCGGCUCUGCCAGCAGCAGACCAGUGCUAUGGCGUGCUGGACUACCCGUCCCUGUACAUGUGCAAGCCCAAAAGAGGCGUGAAGAGGGAUGAAAGCAAGGAAACGUACAAGCUGCCGCACAGGUUGAUAGAGAAGAAGAGGCGAGACAGGAUUAACGAGUGCAUCGCGCAGCUCAAAGACCUGCUGCCCGAGCAUCUGAAGCUGACGACACUGGGGCACCUGGAGAAGGCGGUGGUGCUGGAGCUGACCCUUAAGCAUUUGAAGGCACUGACGGCCUUGACGGAGCAGCAGCACCAAAAAAUCAUCGCGCUGCAGAGCGGCGAGCGCUCCAUGAAGUCGCCGGUGCAGGCCGACCUGGACGCCUUCCACUCGGGCUUCCAGACGUGCGCCAAGGAGGUGCUGCAGUACCUGUCGCGCUUCGAGAGCUGGACGCCCCGCGAGCAGCGCUGCGCCCAGCUCGUGGGCCACCUGCACGCCGUCUCCUCGCAGUUCCUGCCCGGCGCGCCGCUGCUCGCCCCGCCGCCCGGCCCGCUGCCCAAGGCGCUGCUGGGCUCACUCAUGGCGCUGGGCGGCGGGGCGCCCUUCGGACAGCCCGCGGCGGCCGCCCCCUUCUGCCUGCCCUUCUACUUCAUCUCACCCUCGGCGGCUGCCGCCUACGUGCAGCCCUUCCUGGACAAGGGCGCCCUCGAGAAGCUCCUCUACCCGGCCGCGCACAUCCCRCUGCUCUACCCGGGCAUCCCGGCGCCCGCCGCGGCCUUCCCGUGCCUCUCGUCCGUGCUCGGCCCCGCCGCCGACAAGGCAGCCCGCGCCCCGCAGCCCUUCGCCGCCGCCGAGGAGCCCGAGGCCGCCGCCGAGGAGGCGGCCGCCGCCGAGGCGCCCUGA